CGCCACACCACUCAUUCUAGGGUUUCGAUUUUUUUUUUUUUCACAUCUAAUUUCAUAUCAUCUAUGGCUGAUGUGAUGAACUUGCCGGUCGAUUCAGUCGAACGUGGCACUAGCCGUGACCGCAAAGACGAUUCCGACGACAUUGACACCGUCAACCACCACAACAACGACAACGAUUCCGACAACAACGACAAAUUAAUCAACAAUCCCGACGACUCUCCGCCACACAUACUGCCACCACCGCCACCGUCACGGCGCCACGACCGCGACUCACGAGAACGUAGAAACGAUGACAGAGACAUUGACCGUCCGCCUAACCGGAGAGCUGAUUACUAUGACCACCGUAAUCGCUCACCUAAUGGACCUCCGCCUCAUAGAGAUUAUAAACGGCGUGCUGUUAGUCCUAUGUCGCCUCCGCCACCGUAUCGUGACCGACGUGGUGGAGGUGGUGGUGGUCAUUCUCCGCCGAACCGGAGGUCGCCUCCUUUUCAUCCGUUUAAACGGUCUCGUAGAGAUGACGGUGGUUAUGACGAUCGCCGUGGUAGUCCUCGUGGUGGUUUUGGACGUGGUGAUAGAAGGUUUGGAUAUGAUCACCCUGGUGGUUAUGAUCGUGAUAUGGGAGGCAGGAUGGGGUAUCAUGAUGACAGGCCUCGUGGUAGGUAUGGUGGUCGCUCAUCUGGUGGGUACCAUGGUGGUCCAUCUGAUUGGGAACCAGCUCGCGGAGGUUACAAUGAUCAUGCCAAUACGCAUAGAGAAGGGUUGAUGUCUUAUAAGCAGUUUAUUCAGGAGCUUGAAGAUGAUGUUCUGCCAUCUGAAGCUGAACGCAGGUAUCAAGAAUACAAGUCAGAGUAUAUAUCAACUCAGAAACGGGCUUAUUUUGAUGCUCAUAAAGGCGAAGAUUGGUUGAAAGAUAAAUAUCACCCCACCAAUUUGCUUACUGUUAUCGAUAGGAGAAAUGAAACCGCCCGAAAGCUGGCUAAGGAGUUUUUGCUUGACUUGCAGGAUGGGUCAUUAGAUUUAGGGCCUGGUGCUGUAGCUUCAGCUCCAAACAAGCCAGGGCAGACAAGUAAUCCCAAUUCUGAAGAUGAAUUAGAUGUGGGAGGCAAAAGAAGACGGCAUGGACGGGUUCCAAGAGAAGCUGAUACAUUCUUAGCUGCUCCCAAGGCUCAUCCUAUCAGUUCUGAGCACAGGCGGAUUCAAGUUGAUGUCGAACAAUCACAAGCACUUGUUAGGAAACUUGACCUUGAAAAGGGAAUAGAGGAUAAUAUACUAUCUAGGGCUGACAAUGAUAGAUCACACAGAGAUAAGUCUCACAGUAGCUCUAGUGGCCCAGUUGUGAUUAUACGUGGGUCAACCUCAGUCAAAGGUCUCGAGGGUGUUGAGUUACUUGAUACACUGAUUACUUACCUUUGGCGCAUUCAUGGUCUGGAUUAUUAUGGAAUGGCCGAGAAAAGUGAAGCUAAGGGUCUUCGUCAUGUGAGAGCUGAAUCUAAAAGUUCUGAUGUGAAAAUUAAUGGAACUGAGUGGGAAAAGAAACUAGAUUCACGUUGGCAGGAAAGAUUAAAGGGCCAGGAUCCGUUGGAGAUAAUGACUGCAAAGGAAAAGAUAGACGCUGCUGCAGCUGAGUCGUUGGAUCCAUAUGUCCGGAAAAUUCGGGAUGAGAAGUAUGGGUGGAAGUAUGGUUGUGGGGCAAAGGGUUGCACAAAACUCUUUCAUGCUGCUGAGUUCGUUCAUAAACAUUUAAAGCUGAAACACCCUGAACUGGCCAUGGAGGUUACUUCUAAAGUUCGUGAAGAUUUAUACUUUCAAAACUAUAUGAAUGAUGAAGAUGCACCUGGUGGGAUACCAAUUAUGCAGCAGCCAUUGCCGAAGGACAGACCCCAGAGGCAUAGGCCUGGUAUUGGUAACCGAUUGAAAGACGAUCGAGGUAAUCGUAGGGAACUUGAUGGCAGAAACAAUGGUGGUGAAAGAUUUGAUAGGGGUGAGAAUCUAGAGUCCAUGGACUUCCAGUCGAACAAUGAUGGCGGUGGAGGUGAUCAGAUAUUUGAUUCCUUUAGUGGACAAGGCCUUCAUACUCCAUUUUCUACAGACAUUCCACCACCUCCAGUAUUAAUGCCUGUGCCUGGUGCUGGUCCAUUGGGCCCAUUUGUCCCUGCUCCUCCUGAAGUUGCUAUGCGGAUGCUUCGUGAUCAGGGCGGUCCUCCUUUUGAAAGUGGCGGUAGAAAUGGGCGAACUGGGCCUCAGAUGAGUGGCCCUGCUCCAAUAAUUGCAUUACCUCCAUCAUUUAGACAGGACCCACGUCGCUUAAGAAGCUACCAAGACCUUGAUGCUCCUGAGGAUGAGGUUACAGUCAUAGACUAUAGGAGUCUGUAGACGGUUUUUGAAAGUCCUGUGCCAGUGUCAGCACGGACUAAUCACAAACGAUGAUGGUCAUGUUUAUCUAGGGGACAUUUCAAUACCAGCAACCAAGAACAAAGUUUGUAUUAUUUUGAUUGUUGGGGAAGACGAAGUUGAGAUUAAAAUGAACUUGAAGUGGAUAUUCAAAUCAGAUUUUCAAACACCUUUAAGAUGCCUUUGUUAUUUUAGUUGCGGUGUUGUUUUUUCAUGUCGGAUAGUGUUGGCGGGUUUCUAUGUAUUUACAGCAUAACACAUCUUUCAGUUAACUGAGUUUGCAUUAUAGAUUGAUGAAUAGGACAUCUGAGACAAUUUCUGUUUCA